CAGCUGGAGAGGCUCGGCGAAGGCACCUAUGCUUCAGUUUUCAAAGGUCGUAACCGCCAGAUCGGCGAGUUCUUCGCGCUUAAGGAGAUCCACCUGGGCUCCGAGGAGGGCACCCCAUGGACGGUUAUGUGCCUCUGCCCUCCUACUCUUCGCUCAGCAUCUCGCCCUCUCGACCUCGUCCUGAGAACAAGUUCUCGCGCCCCUGGGAUUCCCGAUCAUUGCCUUGUGUCCACUUAUCCACUGAAAGGACGUAGCAUUGCCUGA